AUGCUGUGGCAAUAUUUUUUUUUCUUUAUCUUGGCUUUUUUCGUGGGCUGCGUAUGUGCUAAUGAACAGUGCAAGAUGGAGAUCAACAUUCAAGGCAUGAAACUUGAAAAGUUCGUGUUUAAAAGGGUUUCAGCAUUAGCUCCUCACAUCUGUGAUAUUCGGUGUGGACAAGAAAUUACCUGCCAAAGCUAUAACUACAACAGAAAGGAAAAGAUCUGCGAAUUGAACAACCGCACCAAAGAGGCGAGGCCUGAAAGUUUUCGCUCGGCCCCUGGUUGGUUUCAUAUCCGGCGUUUAAACGGAAGGGGUAUGUUUUAAGUUCAAGAAUGUUGACUAAGAAAGAUUUACUCAUAAAGUAUAUUUUAUAGCGCAGUAUGUAGUUGCUGAUGCAGUGAGAAGGCCCUACUCGUUCGCACGUUAUGACAAAGAGCAAAGUGUUUUCGGGUCCGGCACGACCCAAUUCAGACAAGGAGCGUUUUAUCCUAAGACUGUCGAUCUUCUUCUGGCUGAAAAUUUUAACCAUAUUGCAUCACACCGGACCGUAAGCCAGCUCAUGCAAGUUUUUCCAGCUCUGUUCUCAUGAUCGCGUGCGGCCCUCACGAGGAAAGUUUUUGGAAGACUAUCACGUAUGGGUUCGAAUUCUAACUUCAAGAUGUUGUUUUUAUUUUUAAAUCGUGUUUUGCUUUAAAGUUUCUGUGUUUUCACGGUGUCGCCGUUAGCAACCCUGACAGGUGCUUCUUUAGGACAUUUACAGCUUUUUUUUAACAAAUUUCAUUUUCAAGAAAAAUGUUGAGUUAGGUUUUUCCGAUAAACUUAUCUUACUGCUUCUGCGUUUUAACACAUUUGAAAAAAAUGUUAGUUCUGAUGCUUAUCUAAGAGAAAUGAAAGUGGGAAAAAAAAGGUUGAAUUUGUGAAAGCGUCAAUUUAUUCAUAAAUGAUAUUUACCUUUGAUGUUUUCAUAUUUAAUAGUAUUUUUAACAUGCUUUAAUAACCGUUUUACCCUUCGCUUUCAGAGGAAGGUAAGAAAAAUUCGAAUGAAAUAUUCCACCGCAUUUCAGUGAGUUAGAUACAUUUAUGCACAUAGAGGAAGAUGUUUUUCGUCUUGUCACGAGCGUGGGACAAAGAGAAAAUUACCUACUAUCUCUCUUAUUCUAUUUAGAAAAACAGGACGCUGUCGACAUUCUAGCAGUAUGCUGGACGUGCGUUAUGUACGCCUCGCUCACCUUAGAGUCUCUGAGGCUCAGUAGUACAUCGGAGCGCGGAAACCGAAGGUCUGAGUUUCGAUUCCUCAUGGGAACUCAGAAAUUUUUAUUUGUCCCACGCUCGUGACAAUAUGAAAAACAUCUUUCUCUAUUUCUACCGAGCUCAAAACUUACCAUCUCUCUCAUAAUGUAAACAAUUUAGUCCCAUCCGGACCUUUUCCGAGAAAAAAUUUUUGCAAAUUAUCUAAGUAGCUAUCCCACGAAUUAAUUUUGCAAUCUAUUAUGUAUUGCAGCACCACUGGGUUCCAUUCUGGAAUUACCAGCAAUGUCUUGCCAAGAAAUAAAGGCAAGUGAGGGAAAAGAUUCCACUAGCAACAAGUACUGGCUGAAUCCAACUGGUAAUGGAAAGACAGAGUUGAUGUUUUGCGAUAUGAACUUGGGGACUGGAGGUUAGCCUAUUUCAUUUUAUCUCAACCUAUACCUGUCAAAGAUUUUUUUUUUUUAGUUUUUAGUUUUUUUCUGUUAAUUUCUAUUUCAUCUAUUCUUUCAUUAUUUACCAUUUAUCUCCUAGACAUCGAUGAAUGUAAGAGUGAUAUCUUGCGCUGUGACGUGAAUGCAAACUGUUCAAACACUUAUGGCUCGUAUAAAUGCACAUGUAAGGAGGGAUACAAUGGAACUGGACAUGUAUGUACAGGUAUGAUGAACUUACUUCGUUUUAACCUCUGCUUACGGUUAGGAACUGGCAUUUUGUCAGUCGAAUCCGAAACUUUUCUUGGUUGCUUCCCCAUUUUGUAUUUCCUGAAAGCUUUUCUUCCAAAGAUUGAGCUGAGUAUCUAUCGUGGUCAGAGAUACCAAAUUCGUCAUUAUUUCAUUUCAUUUGUCCUCGUCGCUUUCUCUGCUCUUCGGACAAUGUCAACCUUGUCUCUCUUUUAACUUCCCACCGUCUAUUUAUGGUCUGUUGUGACCUUUCAUCUUAGCCGUUAAGCCCGCCGAUCAAAAAUUUAUUUGUGGUUGGUAAGAAUAUCUGUCGAGCAUCGGCUGCGGGGCUCUUUCCAAUACUACUCUCACACAAACCUUUGCUCACCUAAUUGGAUAAGACACUUCUCUUGGGACUUGAGUCUUGUGAUGUCCGAGGGAGUUCUAUUAUCCACAAGAGUGGAUAUCAUCAACGAACGGGGUCUAAUGCUGAAGCAGGAAAGGCAGCCACCUUUGUGACGCGAAUACCAACACCAGUUGCUGUUGCAAUUGUUUUGUCUCGGCCUUAAAAAACGCUGAAAACAAAACUUAACCAAUGUCUAUCCAUCUUAACCGAACAAGCGUGGUCAAUAAAGGAUCUAUCACAUAGAAAAAAUAUUUCGUUUUGUUAAAAAUCAAGAAAUACUUGUUUAUUUCAAGAGAUGGGAAAGAGAGCCAACUGUUUUUGAAGCCCAAUAAACCCACGACUUUUUUUUAUUUUGACCGUCUUCUACUGCUUUUUUGCGACUCCGUCGCUGACACUGUCCAUAACUUACGAACUCUUCUGUAAGUUCGCUCCGAGCAAUUUUCUUUCUUGCGCAGACUUAAACCGUGCAAUCCCAAGCGGGCAUGAUGGACCCAUUUUAUCCGCUCAGGUAGCCAAUCAGAAGACAGGAUUCGCUUCAAAAUGCGCAAGGGCACUGGCAGCGAUAUAAUAACAACUAAUACUGAUAGAGUCGUCCAUAUUUCUCGUCAGAAUUAAAUUAAAAUGUAGUCUAAGUAUUGCCAGAAGUAAAUUAUCCUUUAUCAACCUUUUAAAUUACUUUCCUUAGCUUACGUUAUCUUUUUUCUUUAGAUAUUGACGAGUGCGCAAAUUCCAGCAUCAUUUGUGGUGUGAAUGCGACCUGUGUAAACACUAAUGGCUCGUAUGAAUGCACAUGCAAGGAGGGAUACAACGGAACUGGACAUGUAUGCAUAGGUAUGAUGAACUUACUUUGCAUCACAUAGAAUGUAUCUUCUUUGCACCAUCGUCAGCGAAGUACGUCUGCCGCAUUCUUCCAGCUGAUUCGUUCUUUACCUCAGCUUAGGAUUAGGAAUUCGCAUUUUAUCAGUCGGACCCGACUUUUGGUUGCUUCCCCAUUUUGGAUUUCCUGAAAGCUUUUCUUCCAAAGAUUAAGUUGGGUAUCCUUCCUGCUCAGAGUUACCACAUUCUUCUAUAUUUCAUUUCAUUUGUCUUCGUUGCAUCCUCUGUUCUUUGGAGAAUGUCAACUUGUUCUCUCUUUACUGUCUAUGUUAUGCAGGAACGCAAAGUGGUCAUUCCUUAGUUUCCUAUAUUUUGACCUUUCAUCUUGGCGGUUAAGCUGCACUACCUCUGACCAAAAAUUUAUAUUUCCGUUUUCUUUUCAAUGUAUGUGGUUGGUAAGGUAUCUGUUGAGCAUUGGCUGCUAGGCUCUUACCAAUACUACUCUCACCCAAAGACCUUUACUCGCCUAAAUGGACAAGACACUCUUCUUAAGACUUUAGACUUGUAAUGUCCGAGGGAGUGGAUAUCAUUAAUGAACGGGGUCUGAUGCUCAGACUUAACUGUGUUUUUAAAUCUUCUCUCAGAUAUCGCUAAAAGCAGGAAAAGCAGCCACCUUUGUGGCGCGAAUACCAACUGCAUCAACACCAGCAGCUCUCAUACUUGUUUCGACUCGGUCCAUAAAAACGCCAAAAAAAAGACCUCGGCUAAUACCCGGCCAUCUUGACCGAACAAGCUUGGCCAAUAAAGCAUUUAUCACAUGGCAAAAAGAUUUUGCUUCAAUGAGAAUCAAAAAAUACUUGUUAAUUUGAAGAGACGGGAUAGAGAGCCAACUGUUUUUGCAGCCCAAUAAACCCACGAGAGUUUUCUUUACUUUGACUGCCUUCUACCGCUUUUUGCGACUCCGUUGCUGACACUUUCCAUAACUUACGAACUCUCUUGUAAGUUCGCCCCAAGCAAUUUUCUCUCUUGCGGGGGAUUAAACCGUGCAAUCCCGAGCGGGCGUGAUGGCCCAUUUUACCCGCUCAGGUAGCCAAUCAGAAGACAGGAUUCGCUUAAAAAUGGCCACAGGUUCUGGCAGCGAUAUGAUAACAACUAACAUUCAUAGAGCCGUCCAUAUUUCUCGUCAGAAUUAAAUUAACUUGUAGUCUAAGUCAUUACCAAUAGUAAUUUAUCCUUUAUCCAUCUUUUAAAUUGUUUCCCUUAGCUCACGUAUUAACUUAAUAAACCUUUUUCUUUAGAUAUUGACGAGUGCACAAAUUCCAGCAUCAUUUGUGGUGUGAAUGCGACCUGUGUAAACACAAAUGGUUCUUAUGGUUGUAGUUGCAAGGAAGGAUCAGCUGGAGAUGGUGGUGUGUGUUCAGGUAAAUUAAGUUUUUUUAGGAUGGAAUGGGAAUAUGCUAAGAGAUUGUAUGCUCACUGAAAGAUAUUACAUCUAGUAACUGUCCAAGUAGGAUAAUCGUCAAGUUGGAAGAACAAUCAAAAUAAAAACAGAAAGAACCUUUCCUAGCAACCAGAAGAUUUCUAUCUGCCUUAAAGGGCAACACUAAUACUGUGUUGAUGCCCAAACCAGAAGGUACUUGUGGAGAACAAAAAAAAAAAAGGCAGAAGGAAACCAUGAUCUAGCGUCUCUCGAGGCAAAUUGACUUUUUGGGGAUAUUACCCUGCAAUUGAAACCUCUUUCUCUAAACCAAAACCUUAUUUCAACAUUCCAUUCUCUUUUGUUAUAUAAAUACUAAACAGGUGACGAAUGUCGAUCCAUUGAUUUCAAAGAACCAAUACAAGACAAAGUCUUGGAGGGGUACUUAAUCAGGCUUGUAGAGGUACCCCACCAAGUGGACUGUAAAGUGCUUUUUGCUAUACGGAGCCCAAUUGUGUUUCCAUAAAUUUGGGGCCUUCGCAAGGAGGGAAAUACAUUUGUGAGUUAAACAAUGCUUCGGACGAAAGUCCAGGCUCAUCUGUCCUUCAGAGUAAACAGAUUAUUCCCAUUUCAGCAUCGAGGUAAAGUGACUUAUUUCAGACGGCAAACAAUUAUUGUGCGUGAUAAUUUUGUCGGAUUACUUUUAAACUAGCCUUCCAGUCCUUGUACUGAAUUAGGGUGAUUCCUCAGUAUUGCACCGCGCAUCACGAGAAACUUUUUGACCCUAUUUCGUGUGAGAUUGAGUGAUCUUUCCAUAGAUUAGAUAUUACGUUGUUCCAUACGUCUUAUAUAUCGACUCUCUACCUAUCACUCAAGUGUUUCUUUUUAAACGUUCGUUUAAAAACUACCGUAAAAUGUACCGAGAACCGAUGAAAGAAAGCACGUGAUUAGUGCCAAUACAGAAAUGAAUAGGGUGACAUUGGCCCAUCAUAUCUCCUUCGUGACCAAUCUCUUGUAUGGUGGUGCCAAUACAGGAAUGAAUGGGAUACCGUUGGCCCAUCAUAUCCUUUUGGAGACCUAUCUUUUGUAUGAUAGUACCAAUACGGGAAUGAAUGGGGCAACAUUGGCCCAUCAUAUCUCUUUCGUGGCCUAUCUUUUGUACGGUAGUUCUCGAAACAGAGAUUGGCAAUGAACACUCAAGGAAAUUAGGAAUCACCUCAACAAGGUAAAAUACCAAAGCUAAGGUACACCAGUGGUGUUAUCGGUACAAUGUUAAAAAGAGAAAAAUCAAUGAACCCGUGGCUAGAAAGAGUAGGAGCUAUCCUAAAAAAAUCAACCACUAGUCGACCAACAAAUUAUCCAGUAACUCGAUUAAUCGAUUUUCUGGUUUAAUUACUGACAAAGUGUAACUGAUUCUCGUCUUCAAUUGAUCAAAAAGCCUGAAGAAAUCAUCGCUUCAGCAAGACAGUGUUCCUUUGAGAAUAAGUAAGAACCAACCAUGGAUAUAAAUAAUAAUAAGUAAUUUUUUCUUGAUCAGAAUCCAUGCAGCAGUAAUCCCUGUUUCAACAAUGGCACUUGUCAAGCUGGAUACACUGAUAAAGGAUUUCGUUGUAAAUGUCCUUCAGGGCUCACUGGCGCAUACUGCGAUAAAGGUAAUUCAAUACAAAACUGUAAAGAGGACCGAUGUAACCAUAGGAUAUUCUGGGGGAUGACAAUUUCAGUUUUUUUUUCUCUUCCUUUUUUUGUUUUUAAUGUAGCCUGCAGCUUCGACUUUGAAGAUGGAAUCGGCGGAUGGGAAAUGA